CCAGUGAAUUAUUGUGUGGACUGCCAUAGGGCAGGACCCACCCUCAAAUGCCAUGUUAAUCACACUUUUUGAGUGUGCUGUAUAUCCGUAUGUAUUAGCAAAACAUAAUGUGUAUGUACACAAGAGUUAAAUAAAAUAAUUAAAAAAAAAAAAAAAUCAUCUGUCUGUAGAAAUGAAAAAUAAACAAUAGAUUGACGAAAUGUGAAUUCAGAUAAGAUUUUUAUACGUGACAUUUAGCACAGUAUUGUAGAAACUAUUUUCGUUGUAACUCCAGUUAGGCAUAAAAUUACGUGAACUAAAGUUAUCAACACGGUGUUAAGAGUAUAGAAAGUCAUCGCUUUAGAUAACAGAACUUCAUCUUGCACCCUAAAUAAUUUCAGUACAAUUAAAUAGGUUUGCCCUGACUCUUGAACGGAAUGGACUGUCAUCCCCCAGACGAUACCCGUCGAACAGACCAAAGCGCUUCCAAUUGCAGGUGUGUACUGACCGCUAAAACAGUAAAGAUACUCGUUCAGAUAAGGGUGAAUCUGUUUUAAACAGGUUUCGUAUUCCAAUUGGAAUUUGAUCAAGUCGUAACAAAAAUUGCCGAUCAUUUGAAAACAUCUGUGAAUGGUGCGUCUCCUAACUGUUUGAUAUUUCACCCUUAACGGCCUUCCGCCGCUCGAUAGAACAAAACACGUCUUAUCGACUUCUUGAAAUUUAUCUUCGUAACGUUGCAUAGCGGAGAAGAUCGGCUGUCGAGUGAUAGACACGUUCGUCAAAAUAUUCAAUGGAUAGCGCAACUUCACCAACGAAUAGUCGUACGCGAACAGACCUUUACGCAUUUCUUUACAUUUAGGGUGAAUGUGCACAGAUUCUAUAACGGAGUCGCCUUGUUCUGUAAUCGCCAUGAUAUCCCUCGUCGGUUUCGGAAUGUGAGUAUCAAUGGAUGUGACGCAUGAACAUGCUGUUAUUAAUAAAUUCGAUUUCGCUACGAUAGAAUUACAAAUUUUAUUCUUUUCCUUGUUAACGAUGCACGCGAUGAUCUUAUGAUCGUACCAUGGUUCACAAAGUGAAAAAUGAAACAUUAUUGCAAUGAUGAAUGAAUAAAUAAACAUUUUUUAACAAUGUGCACUAAGAUGAAUUAUUAGGUUUAAAACAGGUGUUUAGAUCAUAUGGGAAGUAUUUAUCAACAUUCAACCGACAUUUUUUUUAUCAAUAGAAGUAUUAAAUUAAGUGCACGAAUUACAACAACACUGAAGAUACAAUGCUUGACCUAGGUUUAUCGGCGAUGGUUUGGUACAUCGGCAAAGUGUCGAUUCUGAUAUUGUUUAUGGUAGUGAGCGGUGCAACGAUUUUCUGGGCUGCGUGUAAAAAAUCCGGUGCGCUGUUCGAACUGGACAUUUGGCCGGAAUGCCACAAGCAAAAUUUAAUAACUACUUAUUUUUUCCUUUGCACUUCUUACAUAAUUCUCACGAUCGCGAUAUGCUUAUCGAUAAAUACGUUCAUAUUUAAUUAUACCAUGAGCAGUUCGUACUUGGAGAUUUUCGCCGGAGGGCUGAUGUGCCUCAUAGUGCUGUCGGCUUGUAUCGAAUCUUUGCCGUACGAACCCGAAGACCAAACGCUCAAGAUCUCCUGCUGGCUGGUGCACUCGCUGACGAUGGCGCCCGGGUUGUCUUCCUUCGGCAGCUACGUGAGCUUACAAGCGAUGGUUUACACCUCCUUUGGAAUCGUUCUGGCUUCGUUGGCAGGAUUUACCGCUCCGCAAAACCUCUUUCAACACUUGAAGUAUCCGUUGAAAUUAAUGUAUAUCGUUGUAGGAGUUACGACGUUGUUUAGCGUGUUCGUGUAUCCGAAUUACGAGAGCCUGAUCGAAAUGCUUAUUCUGGAGACCACGAUAUUCGGCGGGAUGAUCCUCUACUUUGUCGUCACGCUCUCCAACACCCAGGGUCUUGUGGCCGAUAUCAAAAACGAGAAAAAGUUCGAUCCGAUAUUUUCAGCAGCUGUUAUGUUCCUAAGUACGAUAAACCUUUACAUCAGAAUCGGUAUGUUCGUAUCACUCGAAUCCAGCGUAUUUUCAAAUGUGAAAACUUGACUUUCUGGAAACAUCAGUACCGUACAACUAGAUCGUCUUGUUUUUUAAAACGUACUACAGAAAAAAAAACAAGAUCACACAAACAUUUCUAGUAAAUAAACAUCUAUAAUUCACAUAAUUGCUUAAUAUAUUAAAAUAAAGACAAAUAUUACUUGGUAUGUAUAUCGAUUUGGUUUGCGCUACAACUAAAGAUGGAACUGUAAUUUUCAAUUUUUCUCAAUAUCCAAGAAUUGUUUUUUCACCGUUCAAACAUUUAUAAAGAUCGAUCAUUCUCAGCCCUUAAAUUAAACAAGUAAAGAGAGUUAUGCGUAAUAAAGGAGAGACAUUUAUGCUAAACUUUGAAUAAAAUGCGAAGACUUUAUGUAGUUUUGGGGCUUAGUUUGUUUAAUAUAUUUUCUGUACUUUCUUACAGAAGUCGUAUUUGUGUUUUGGUUAGCACAACGUUGACGUCAUUUUGAACUGAAAUAUUAAGUAACCAUUUAAUAGCUGCUGCCUUCUCAACUUAUGAACUUCCAGCUCUUUUCGAGUGUUUUUGCCUAAAGUCUUGUAUUUUAAACGACAAACUGGAUAAUGUUGGUUUUGCUUAUUUUCGCUGUGUAUCGUAUGAUUUUGAAAAUCAGAGUGAAGGUGACGUUUUAGAAAGUGUUCACAAAUCUAAUCUAGAAUCACGUGGUUUCUACUGUAACCGUCACGAUUAACAAUCCGUCUCAAAGAGCUUGCCAUCAGAAACCGGACAAAAUAUAAUUUUACUUGUUCUUAAUCGGGUUUCUAGUUUUAAAUCGAGAUUCAGGUAGAAAGAAAUAGUAAAUUACAAGUAUCUCGAAUCCAAGUAGUUUGUUGAAGAGAAG